AUGUCGUCUCAGACCCUGACGACGUCGCUGAUGGGCCAUCCGCCUCACGAUGCGGCGCCAGAUCGGUCUGCCUACAAUCUCAGUGACUGUUCCCGGGACCUCCCGGCCGAUGUACCGAACAAGGUCGGCGCCUUGUCCGCCCUCUCGGAUGACUACAAGAAACAGACCGAUCGGGAAAAGCAAAGCGCCGCGAGCGCUCUUCUAGCCCAACUUUUUGCCAACAAGCCGACCGCCAAUGAUACAACACAAGAUGCCCUGCCAACCAAACUCGCAGCUGAUGACCCCAGAAAAGACAAGAAUGUAUUGCCCGAACAACCCUCGAACGUGUCAGAACCACCAGCGCAAAUGGAGAACAAUGUGAAUGGCUCUGGCACUGGGGCUGUUGAUGUGAAUGACCCUGCGAAGGAGCCUGGUUGGGGAGUUAACAACGGAGUGAAUGAGGGAAUGAAAAAAGGUCAAGAUAUCCUUGCGAAUGUAUUACAAGGGGUUCCAGAGGCAAACAUAUCCAAGGAUUUGGACAUGAGGUUGGAUACCUUACGGAACAACAAUGAUAAGAUGGAAUCGGAGCUAGAAAAACUUUGCUCCGGUUUGCUACCCUUGGGUACACCUAAAAACACGAAGGAAGCACUGCGACAGAAUGAACUGCUCACAGACGCUUACUUCAAUGGAGAUGUUCAUUUCGGCCCAACUCCCCGUAUUGUUAACUAUCCAGAACCCCCACCACAUACCGACGGGGAAAAUUCUCAGGCCGCGACGGAGUCUGUCGUCGGUUCUGAACCUCGCAUUCAGGCCUUUGCAAAACUAGAGUUUGACGAUGGACAUUUCUACGUCAACACAUACUCGUUUAUUUUGGGCCGCGAUGUCCGCGCUGCUCGCGCUGCCUUGCAGCGGGAACUCCAAGUCAGACAGGCAAGAGCGCAAAGUUCAAGUGGGGGAAACAAGUCCUAUACCCCAAAUCGCGUGAAGCAUGAAGGAAGUGCUAUAAUGGGCAGUGUGGUCAGUGAUAGAGGCGGCAUCAUGGGCUUCGAUCCUGACGUUCCCCAGCAAUUCCCGCCCCAAGUGAGCUGGAAGUCAUCCAAUUCAUCCCAUGGCGACCAACGUCGUCCAACUUUACACAUGGCCGCUGCAGAAGUUCCCUCUGCUUCUCUCGAGACGCCAGAAAUAACAAAAGACUACAAUGCUCUUGCGAUGCAGUCAUUGCGUUCAAGAAAUGACCCUAAGCCUGUCGAUACGUUGUCAUUAUUACCUUCGCCGGACGCGUGUCCAACAAUACCAAUUCAUCCUCCCGCGCCUUCUAAUGGCUCUGUCGCCACUCAUCGUGGUAUAUCUAGAAAGCACGUCAAAAUCGCCUACAACUUCGACCGAAAUCUCUUUGAGAUGGAAGUUAUUGGAAGGAACGGGGCUUUCAUGGGUGCGGAUUGGCUUGCGCCGGGCCAGGUGAGGCCGCUGCACAGUGGUGACUUCAUCCAAAUAGGUGGUGUCCGUGUGAGAUUUGUGCUUCCAGAUGUUCCGGUUGGUGAAACUGGAGCAGACCAAGAUGAACCUGAAAUAAUCAAUGGAGAUGAAGAGGAAGUUGCAGGAAAUCAAGGCGAGCAGGAUGCUAGAGCGGGCAGUGACGCUGAGGUGGUUGAUAACAUGGAUACGGAUGGCUCGGAAUUCAGUGGAACGGAAGAUCGACCAACACCUAUGAAAGCUAACAAGGAGCCAGUACCUAAGUCGAAAGUCACAGCUGAAGUCAGCCCGGAGAGUUCUGCCCAGCCUGCUCGUCGUCGCGGGCCAGGUCGCCCACCCAAAGACGGAAUCAUGUCCAAGAGAGAACGAGCUGAAAUAGCUAGGGAACAGAAACUGGCUGCCAAACGGGAAGCCAACGGUGGUGUGACGCCACCUCCUUUAGGUCGCGGAAAGACUGGAAAGACUGGGAAAGAAUCCGGGCAAGACGAUCCUCCGAGCGCAAAGGCAGAAAAACGUAAAUACACCAAACGGAAGAAGCCAGAUUCAACUUCUAACGACAUGGCCAUUCCUUCUAUUGAAGGUGGCGAUGCUAAUGCUACCAUCGGCGCUGAAGAUGUCCCCAAACAGACGCCUAUGAAAAAACGAAAGCCGUCGAAAUCUCCGUCACCCGAUUAUCCUCCUGAAAGUUUCUACACCAGUGAGGACCUCGCGAAGCCUCCAUAUAACUAUGCCGUUCUCAUUUUCGACGCUCUGACCGAAUCGCAGACGCCAAUGACUCUGAAACAAAUAUAUCGCGCGCUUAAGUUGAAAUAUCCAUAUUUCCGGUUUAGAUGUGAGACUGAGGGUUGGACAUCAAGCGUUCGCCAUAACCUUAACGGAAAUGCUCAUCUGUUUGAACACGCAGAAAGGGACGGGAAAGGAUGGUCGUGGAAGCUCACACCCGGGGCAUCUGUUGAUAAGGAAAAGAAACGGAGGCCCUCACCCCCUCCUCCCUCACAUACUACCUCGCAAACUACCCACAAUCUCACAAACAGCCAACCCUACCUGGCGCCCACUUCAGGCACACAGUUUAAUACCCCCCGUCCUAACGUGCCCGAUCGUCACAACUCUCACCUCUUCGCAUUACCCACUAUAGGUAACGGCCAGUCUCCUCUUGGAGGAGGUCCGACGCUGUCACAUAACAGUCCUUACUCCAUACCAAAUUCCGCUGCUCUCUCACUCCCGCCUGCACUGCGUAAAAAUCUCCUGCCCACAUUUGCCAAUUCCACAACUUCGACAUACCGGUCACCGUAUGCCUCAGCUCCACCUCCCGAGAUAUUACAAGCACAACAACAGCAACAGCAACAACAACGACAACCUCCAUCAAUUCCACCGCUACAGCAGCAGCAACAAAAUCUUCCUCAACAACAACAGUCCAGCGCUCCUGCUCCUCCGCAACUACGACAAUCCCAAAAGGUUCCCACACAACAACCACAGCCGCAAUUACAGCAGUCGCAGCAACAACAGCAGCGACAGCAGCAACAGCAACAAACCCCACAACGGAUGUGCCCCCCUGAACAAUACAAAUUCCUCAAUCACACCCCUCAUCCCAUCCAAAGUACCCGACCACCUUCGUCUAAUAGCGGUCCUUCCAAACCGCCUUCAGCACCUUCAACGAACCAGCCCCAGCCGCAAUACCAACCUCAAACCCUUCCUCCAUCCCAGCCUCCCAAUACCAAUCCUAAUACCCAUACCCAUACCCAACCACCAUCGGCACUCCCACCUCAAAAUCCAACCACCCAACCCCCCCCCGCACCUCCUCCAGCACCUGAACCUGAACCCGAACCCGAACCAUCAUUCCUCGAGCGAGCAAACCAAGCCAUCGAUAAUUUCGAAGCAGUGCUAAUGGAAGACUACGAAGAUAAAGAAUAUAUCUCUAAAGUCUUACGAAGCGCUCGCAACCGCGUGCUCAAUGGCGCAACGGAAAGUUCAUUCCCCGGUGGUGAACCGAAGGAUGAAUCUGUUAUUAUCGAUGCCUUGAAGGGGAUUAUUGCGGGGUUGAAUGAGGAGUGA